GCUCCGGGCUCUCGGUUCCCGAGCUCCCGAGCUCCAGGGCUCCCGGGCUCCCGGGCUCCGAGCCGGGCGGGCAUGGCUCCGCCCCUGGCGCCGGGACGCGACCGCGCGGGCCGGGAGCACGAGGACGGCUGGGAGGCGCGGGGGGACCGCAAGGCCCGGAAGCCCCUGGUGGAGAAGAAGCGGCGCGCGCGGAUCAACGAGAGCCUCCAGGAGCUGCGGCUGCUGCUGGCGGGCGCCGAGGUGCAGGCCAAGCUGGAGAACGCCGAGGUGCUGGAGCUGACGGUGCGGCGUGUGCAGGGCACGCUGCGGGGCCGCGCGCGCGAGCGCGAGCAGCUGCAGGCGGAGGCGAGCGAGCGCUUCGCGGCCGGCUACAUCCAGUGCAUGCACGAGGUGCACACGUUCGUGUCCACGUGCCAGGCCAUCGAUGCCACCGUCGCCGCAGAACUCCUGAACCACCUGCUCGAGUCCAUGCCCCUGCGCGAGGGCAGCAGCUUCCGGGAUCUGCUGGGGGACGCCCUGGCCGGGCCCCCGGGAGCCCCCGGGCGAAGCGGCUGGCUCACGGGAGGGGUCCUGGGGUCCCCUCUGCCCAGCCCCCCAGGCCCCGGGGACGACCCGUGCUCCGACCUGGAGGAGGCCCCCGAGGCUGAACUGACCCGAGCGCCUGCCGAAGGGCCAGACUUGGUGCCAGCAGCCCUGGGCAGCCUGACCGCUACCCGCGUAGCCCAGAGCGUCUGGAGGCCUUGGUGACCAGCUCCAGCCCGAGGUGUGCAAGGGUGGCCGUGGCCUUCCCUUGCUCCGCUCCCGCCUCCCUGCGGUCCAAAUGUGGUGGGCAGGGACCUGGGUGCCUCCCAGGUCGGCCGGCUCUCUUCCCCGGGUGCUUGGGUGGCAGGGCAGCGGGGAUGAGCAGCCCAGGCAGGCCCCUAGCCGUGUUUCUUAAGGAAGUCCAUCUCUUAUGGACCCCACAGCUCCCCCUGGGUGGGUGCAGGGUGGGAGCUACAGGCAGGAGGAGGAAUCUUACAGAACUACCAGGGUUCUCCAGGGUCUCACUGUCCCGGCCUCCUCGGGGACUGUGUGGAUCUGGGGGCAGACGUGACCAGAGUGGCGCUGAAGCCCUUCUCGGCGCGGGGCACUCGGGACCGGGACGGAGGGAGACCUCAGACCCCGACGGCCCUGGCCUGAGCAGCAGCUUGAACUUGCCCCUUCAGUCGGGACUCGGGGGAGACAGGUGCUUUCUGCACACAUGUUGCCCAUGUGUGCCAGAGAGAAGCAAAGCCCCCUGAACGUCUUGCAUCUAGCACAUUUGAGUCUGUGUUAUUAGUUUACCAUCAGAUGUUCUGGUUUUGUUAAAUAAAGGUUUUUGGAGAGUUA